GAUUUCAUAACCAACAUUAAAGAUGGCGUCGAAGAAAAAACGUGUGGCGGAACCGAUGACGACAGAAAGUGAUUCCAAUGAAAGUGGCAACGAUGACUUUGACGACGACGAAAUGAACGAUGGAAAUGAAAUUGAUACACCGAUAAAUGAGGAAGUGCAGGUUGAAUUCGAGGCUCGUAUGCUAGAUGAUAGUGAUUUUCAUGGAGUAAAAACUCUUUUACAACAGGUGUUCUUGAAAGCCAAUGUCAACCUCUCUGAGCUAACCAACACCCUCGUAUCUCAGAACUUCAUUGGAUGUGUGAUCAAGCAAAUGGAUGUUCCUGAUGACGAUGAUGAUGAUGGAAUGGAUGAAGAUGACAAUGAUGCUGUGUUUGGAAUGAUGUCUGUUGUGAAUAUUACAGAAAAGAAGGACCUUGAGUGUGUACAACAAGUACGCUCCCUUCUGUUGGACAAUUGUAAAGCCUGCGCCAAGGAUAAAAUGUCUCGUCUUUCCGACAUGCUACACAAUCCUGAUCAACACAUGGGUCUCCUGCUCAGCGAGCGGUACCUCAACAUCCCCCCACAGAUCUCUGUACCUAUGUAUGAUUCAUUGAUAAAAGACAUGGAGAAAUGCCAGAGGAAACAGAUGAAGUACUCCUUUGCUAGAUAUGUUAUGAUAAGUAAGACCUAUCGUAUGAAGAGUGCCAGCAAACAGAAGGAGGAACCCAUCUUCUUCUCGAACUCGGAGGAGGAACUUCUACACGAGGUGAGUGAGCUGAGUUUUACGUACUCUGUGAAGGAUGAUCGAGACACAGUGGUGGACGGACAGUGGGACUCUGACAACCCUAUGGAGGCCUUACGGACAGUAUUGGUCAUUCCUGCUGACCAGCUGAGUGUGGCAGUGACAAGGAUAAAGGCUGAACUGGCUUCAACCUAGCAAUAUUAAAGUUGUUUUAUCUGUAA